GCAACGGGAGGAGGAGGUUGAAACCAGCAGAGCAGCAUUGAGUGGUUAAGGGAAGCUAGUAGCACGAUAGCAUCCAUAGCCAGGAGGAUAUCGAUGAGCUCCAGCCGCCUCCGCGACCUCCAGGCCUUCGACGACACCAAGGCCGGCGUCAAGGGCCUCGUCGACGCCGGCGUCACCACCAUCCCCGCCAUCUUCCACCACCAGUCCGACCCCAUACCCCACCACGUCGAUGCCAUCCCGAUCCCUCUCAUCGACCUCGCGGACGUUGACCGGGGCCAUCUGGUUGCCCAGGUGAGGGCGGGCGCCCAGUCCGUGGGCUUCUUCCAGGUGCUCAACCACGGCGUCCCCGCCGAGCUCCUGGACGACAUGCUGGCGGCGGUGCGGCGCUUCAACGAGCAGGCCGCGGAGGGCAAGAGGCCCUUCUACAGCAGAGACCGCGGCCGCAGGGUCAAGUUCAACUCUAACUUCGACCUCUUCCAGUCGCCGGCCGCCAACUGGCGCGACACGCUCUUGCUGGACAUGGCGCCGCCCGGCCCGCCACCGGAGGAGAUCCCACCGGAGUGCAGGGCCGUGGUGCCGGAGUACGCGAGGGCGAUGCAGGGGCUGGGCGUGGCGCUGCUGGAGCUGCUGUCGGAGGCGCUUGGGCUCCCUGCGAGGUACCUCGCCCAGGACGCCGGCGGGCUGGACGGCAUGUCCAUGGCGGCACACUACUACCCGCCCUGCCCGGAGCCGCACCUGACGCUGGGCACCACACGCCACUCCGACCCCAGCUUCCUCACCGUGGUGCUGCAGGACGCGAGCAGCAAGGGCGUAGGCGGCCUGCAGGUGCUGCUGGGAGCGGGACGGUGGGUGGACGUCCCUCCGGUGGCCGGCGCGCUGGUGGUCAACAUCGGCGACCUCCUGCAGCUAGUGUCAAACGAGCGUUUCCGAAGCGUGGAGCACCGGGUGGUGGCCACCACCAGCGAUCGCCUCUCGGUCGCCUUCUUCUUCCGCCCCCACAGCGCUUGCACCAGGGUGUAUGGCCCAGUCGGCGCCGGCGCCGACGCAGUGUACAGGAGCACCACCAUGCCGGAGUUCCUCGCUCACUACGUCGGCAAAGGCCUCGACGGCCGAUCGGCGCUCGACCACUUCAGGCUUCCACCACCACCGCAUUCAUAAUCAUAAAUCGAAAUCCCAUAAAACAAUACAAUUAAUACUUGUCUCGUGUGCCAAAACCAAAAGGAAUCUUAUCAAUCUAGCUGUGUGUGUUGUAUUCCCAUGCAUGAUCAUCAUUCAAUCAAUAGAUCAAUCAUUUCUGUGUGGUUGUGGGUGUGUACUCUCAGCUACUACAUGUCAUGUCAUGACUCUUGUCUGUUCUACUAUGUAUGAUCCUACAGUACUAGCUAAGUAGCUAAUUCCCAUUCCAUUCAAGAAACAACU